GUUGUCUGGGAAAAGGUGCGGCUACAAGAUGUCUGGCGGGAAGCACAGUUUACCGGUACGGGCUGCAAGUGUCGGUUUCCCAUCACUUGUGAUGCAGAAACGGUGCGAACUCUGCCCGACCGCGAGUCGGUGGGGUGCGUGCGCCAGGCGCUGCCUGUGGGGAGGCCGGGACGUCGAGCGAGGGGCGCCUUCAGGUCAACGUGGCAGCCCUGCCAAAUCCCAGUAAUGCCGCUGAUUUGUUUCUAGGUUAGCUUUCUGGAGUAAUUAGUAAUUUCAAAUUACUAGAGAGUGAUAGGAGGCAUUGCUUAGUAUGUCGCUCCCGAAAACGCCCUCAACGUCAACACCUGAGGACAAAAAUUUGAAAAUCUCUGCAUCCAAGGAAGAGACAGGACUUCCUAACCUAAGGGAGAAAAAAAGUCUGGUGGAUCCAUCAAAACCCCUUCCUACUUCCCUUCAGAAUGAGUUCAUCCCUCAGGAAGUUCUACUUUCUCUGACCUAUGCAGCUAAUGCUGGUCCUUGUCCUGAAAACUUACUGCCUCCUAAGAAAAUUAAAACCCCAAAGGGUACUCUUCCACGCCCUGUAGACCACGUCUGGCAUAACCCUAUUCGAAGAAAUAAGUUCAAAUAUCUGAUUGACCAUCCUGUUUCCCUAACAGGAGCUGGAAGGGAUAUUUCUUUUCUGUACGAUGUUAAAUAUGUUAAAGGAGAGACAAGGGAGAGCACAGUUUGUCCCCCACAAAUGGACCGUUCAUUACAACCACGUGAUGGUGUCCUUGUGCCUCAUAAGCCAAAGAAACUAUCAGAUACUUUGAUUCCUGAAGAAUUUCAUAUUGUGUCAAAUACAGGAGUUUCAGGUUUGGAGUGUUAUGAUGACAAAUAUACUACUCUCCUCACAGAUAGUGAAAAUAGACUAUUGCUCUUCCCAUCCAUGAAACCUAAUAAAAGAGUAGAAGUGGUCCAGCUGAAUGAUGUGAUGGAUACUAUGCUAGAGAGGGCUGGUGUGGAAAAUCGGGCAUAUACAGGGCCAACCAAGAUGCACAAACUACUUCAUAUAUUAAAGAAGGAACAGACCAUUUAUAAUACUGUAUUUCAUGAACUUAUUCGACAAGUCAGUGUGGACUGUGCAGAUAGAGGAGAACUACUAUCCAAAAUCAGAGAGCGGUAUGUACAAAUGCUUGACCAAAUUGCCUGGCAUAUGACUGACUUCUACAAAGACAUGGUAACUCAGCGAGUGAUGGACCAGCGCAUUUUAGAAGAACUGUACAAUUUUAAGAAUGUUAUUGAGGAACUGACCAGGGAGCUGUGUUUGGUUCGGGCACAUGAUAUGAAAUUAACAAAGGAAGCAGAGAAGGCCCACAGAGCUUUGGCACAAGCUCUUUUAGACGCUGAAAAGAAUGCCAGAAUUGUAGAGGAAUAUCAUGACUUAUAUACAUUACAAAGAGGAAGGAUGGAGAGUGAUAUUAAACAGUUAAUGGCAGAAAGAGAUAUCUGGAGCUCAGCCACAUAUGAAUUGUCCAUAAAGGUAAUUGAAAGAAAUAACGUCAUGUUGGCUAAAAGACUUUACCUCAAUGAAAAAGGCUGGAAUAAAUAUACUAAGCAUUUCAUCAUACUGCUGUCAACUAAGGACACUGCAGACCUUGCACUGUUGCAGAAGUUGACGGAGAAAUGGAGAAAUUUAGUGAAUAAAUUUAAACAGGAAGUGGAACAAAAUGAAGAGUCUACAAGAGAAAAAUUGCAAAGUGUUAAGGAUGGCCUUGUCAAAUGGCAGCAGUUCUUCAGAAAUAAUACUGGAAAAGACAUUUUAUCCCCUAGUAAAGAAAAUAGAUUUGAAUCAGUUGUUCCAGACUUCAAGCAGUGGCGAAAGAUGUUGACUGAAGACAAAGACAAGUUUUCUGGGGAUCUUCUAGUGUCAAAAUAUGCUUCUCUCAAGAUUAUUAAACAUUUACAGGAAAGCUGGGCAGAUAUUGGGCUUGGGAUAUUUAGUCGCCAUAAAAGUAUGGAGGGAAAGAUACCACCAGAGCAGAAGCACAUGGAGGAAAUUGUGAAAAGUACAGGAAGACUCUACAAAGAAUUUGAAAUAAGAAUAAAUGGGGAUAAUGGUAUCUCUAAAAUUCUUCCAGAUUUGGUUAGUUCUCUUGAAUUCUGUUUUUUCAAGUUGGAAAACCUCCUGGAGUUUCCUGAACUGCUUCUUGAAGAAUGGGAGGGACUUAAUGAAAAAAUUAAUGAAAUGAAAUCUCAGUUGGAUGUAUCGUUAAACAUUAUUGGUACUGUUCCGCAGUACAUAGAUGUGGAUUCUGGCUCGGUACUCCAAGCACGUAUAUUUAACAUGAUUCAACAAUGGCUUUUGAAGACAGGCAAUGAGAUUAACAAUGGUAACAUGGAACUUCAGUGCCAAAUGGAUGAAUUGCAUAUACCCAUGAUUCAAUGGAUGGUAAAUUUGCUGAUUUUAAUGGUACCUGACUUUCCUGAUCCAGAUACUCUCAUAAAGUUGGAGGAGGAAAGUGCUGAAAAACGUGACCUAGGAAUUGCCAAGUUGGAGCUAGAUGCGAUUGCCCUGGCAAAAAAGUUGUCCCAAUAUUCCAUCUAUUUGAGCAGUUGUUGCAAAGAGAUGGUAACAGCUGUGGCUCCGAGUAAAGCAGGUCACUUAGAAAAAAAUCCUACUAAGAAACUUAAUGAACUGGAUAAGAUGAAGAGAGAAUGUUAUGAGUGGAUCACCACAUGCGCUCACCUCCUUUCUGGCCUCAGAGGCAGGAAAAUAAAGUUACUGACACGUGAAGAAAAAUGGCACCUACUUGGAGAAGAGGACACUGUAAAAGAAUUAACUACGCCUGAAGCAGACAAGCUUCUUGAAGAGGAUGAAGAAGGAAAUAUGGAGGAUAAGAAACUUGAGAAAAAGGAAGAAGAGAAAGCAGAAGAGAAACCUUCAACAUCUACAGAGAAGGAAAAACUCAUUCGAGUCAUUGGAGUAGACGAAAAUGUCCAUUCCCAACCUCUGUUUGGAACAGAUGCAUUGUCUUCUUGGAGAGAAUCAGCUAAUGAAGGUACAUUGGCCCCAAAGUAUCUUGAAGUAAUGGCUAUAAUUGAACGCAUGCAGGAGAAGUUAAUAGAGGUUGAAAGCAGAGCCAGACAAGCAGAGGAGAAGUUUGAUGAUGCGAAUGAAAAACUUCAUUAUACCCUUAUAAGAAAUAAAGAACUGGAGAAAGAACUAGAGGAAAUACUGAUGAAGUAUAAAGAGAAGGAAUCUGAAGGAGAAGAAGAAGAAAAUGAAGGGGAAAGAGAAGAAGAAAUCAGGCCAAUAGAAAGAGCCUCAAAAUCUCCAAAGAAAGAGGUACAGCGCAAGGAGGGUUCUAAAUCCAGAACUCGGACUAAAACCACUUACAGGAUGACGUCCAAAUAGCAACCAUAGGACACUAGGCUUCACCGUGGCUUCUGUCACUGUACCCACCCCAGAUAUCUCUGCACUUUUGAGCUGACACUGUGGCUUGAUUGAAGGGACUCCCUUUGCAACAGCUACCAGAAAAGCCAUGACAGACAACUCAGGGACAUCUUCUCUUUAAAAGUCACAGUGAUGGCUGUAAGGAAUCGGUAUAUUGGCUUAUUUCCAAGAUUAAAAAUAGGCUGUGCAAAGGUUUUCUAGCCUCUUCAAUCGAUUUCCCAGCAGAAGUCUAUGAAAAGUGUCAGUUUCUGUCAAGAAAAUAAUGCUUUUUGAGGACUUUGAACUCUGCAGAGAAGAGUGGCAAAUAAAAAGCAUUAUUUUUUCAAUUUAAAGAGAGGAUCCUGGGCUUCCCUGUUGGCACAGUGGUUAGGAGCCAGCCUGUCCAAUGCCGGAGACAUGGGUUCGAGGUCUGGUCGGGGAAGAUCCCACAUGCCACGGAGCAGCUGGGCCUGUGCGCCACAAGUACUGAGCCUAUGCUCUAGAACCGGCGAGGCACAACUACUGAGCCCGCGUUCUACAAUUACUGAAGCCCACGUGCCUAGAGCCCGUGCUCCGCAAUGAAGAGAGUAGCCCCCUCUUGCCGCAACUAGAGAAAGCCCAUGUGCAGCA